AUGCAAUUCACCGAAGGAAAAGAUAGCGAUGAUGACGGAUCUAUAAAACGUUCCAGUUCUAGCGUUUCAAUAUCUAAUUUGCUUCUUCACCCCUUUUAUGGAAGUAAAGAUCGUCGUGUGCCAAAUGUGAGAACGAGAUACAGUAUAUCUAGCUAUCAGCAGAAGCAUGAUAAUUCGAAAGAUCUACAGAUGAUUCCUGUUACAGGGGUUGAUAUAAAGAAUGGGAUUCCAGCUGAUCAGCAGGCUGAAACACCGGCAAAGACUCAAAACGAAUUGACAUUGGAGGAAUAUAGAAACGAGAUGAAAGAACGAGAACCCCAAGACGAGAGUCAUCGAGAGGGGGAAGAGAACGAAGAGAAUGUAAAACCGCAAGGGAUUAAAGAAAGAUGGUCUAUAUGGAAUAUAUGGGAAAGUGAUCAACUGGAAGAAGUUGAUAGAGAAACACCACGGACGGUUGAAGAGACUGAAGAAUCGGCCUCUGUUCACGAAGACAUAAAUGGAGAAGAAUCUGAACAUGUCGAAACUUCUGUUGGAGCUAAAGAGUCUUUUGGUUUCAUCCCACGUAAGUCUUCAGUAUUCUUUUGGGCCAAUAGGUCGUCCAUGGUGAGUCCAAAGCCUUCUAUAGACAUUGUUACUACUGCUGCUGAAGAACUUGAACCUAAUGAGCUCUCCAAAGUGGUAAGUUCUGUUGGCGAAGAACCAAUUAUACGAGAAAAUACCGAAUCAUCCAGAUGGUGGUCCUGGAUAUCGAAUAGGAACGCUACGAAGAGUUCUGGAAACUUGACUGAACCUGUUACAGCCGUCAGCGAAAACGAUAACGAACAUCAACAUGAAAAUGAACUUAGAAAAUCCACCAAAGAAGCAGAAAAUAUUAUCAAAAUUAAGACGUCAGCAUACUUGAAACCAAGUUCAUGGGCUUUUUACAAAAGAGUAGGUGAUGAUUGCGGCCAGAUAUCGAUCAUGGGCACAAAAUCACUUAAGGAGCCUCUCACAGUACAGCAUGACAUUCAAUGCCAGUUUUAUAUAAAGGAACAGGACAGAUUCAAAACGGAUGUCAAAGAAGAUGCUCUUGAAUUAUCUCAAAUUGACUCAUCUGUGGUUAUUCCAAAAUUGGAUUGGAACUACAGAAAUCUAACCACCAGAACAAAACUGCGAAUUCUUGUCUCUUCGAUAGGAGGACCUGUGCAGAAAUGUUUCCUUGGAGAAACACAUCUAUAUCAUGACUCUAGGUACAGUCGGCGAUCCAAGACCGUAGAACAUAAGAAGGCUGUUAUUGUUGGAGUUCACAGCUUUCUUCCUUUACAGUUGGUGGAAAAGUUUUUUAAUGAACCGACUGGCAGUUCAGAUGAAAUGGUGGAGAUGACAAGAUUACAGUUAUUGAAAUGGGGGGAGGAGCAUAACACUGAAUUGGAAAUAGAAACAAUAGCAUUGGAUGGAUAUGGAAGUAUAUUUGACCGUGUGAGUAACUGCAUUUCGUUGAUGGAGAACUGGAUUACUUCAGUAGAAGAGUGCGAUAUUUUACUGAUGGUUAGUAAUAUGCAGAGUGUCGCAAUUUCUGUUCAUCUUCUUUCAAGACUCAUUACUGCCGGGUAUUUGAAUAAUGUGUCGAAGGUUGGUAUGAUAAAUAUUGGAGGGUCAUUUUUGGGGCCUGCUAUUGGGUUGGAUUCGAAAUUGACAGUCAAACCUCAUAGUAGCCAGUCUUUGGAGAAUGAUAUUCUUCUGGAGUUAUUUGAUUUCCAAGAUCGAGAAACAUUGCAGAGCCGGGAAUUGAUCAGGCAUAUGAAAAUUCUUAUUAGUCAGAACGUGAAGAUAUCAUUUAUCGGGUCGAUGACACAUCCGAUAGUGCCGAUAUACUCGUCACUAUGCGUUCAUUUAGCACAUCCCAAUAUCUACAGAGCGAUAUACGUAGAUGGAGCCAGUAAUCAGCCUGAUUUCUUGGUGACAUUACUAAAUUUGGCUCUUACAGUGAAGAAUUUGAAUAUGGAAGAUCAUAAAUUACUACUAGAAUUGAGCAACUUCUUCCUAGAGAGCGGCAAUCGGAUGAAGGACAGCAAAGUUAGGGCAAAUUCCAUGAUAGAAAAUGGUAAUGUCUACCGGAUAGGAAUUCGAAAUAUGCUAGAGACAUCGGAUUUGAUGUUUGAGCGACCUGUUAAGGAAGAGGUUUUCGACUUGAAAGAAUUCAAUAUGAACGAAUACCAUUUACCAUGGUGCAUGAGAGGAUUUAUGGAGGAAAUGGGAAAAUUGAAGAGAAAAGAGGAAAAAAGAAGGGACCAACGCAUUACAAUAGAUACACAACAAAUGAUCGAACAACUCUUGGAAGAAUUCAGAUCAUGGGAACCCAAGGAAAAAGAGUACAGGGAUUUGAGAUACUGUAUUGAAGCAUUGAAGGAGAUGAAAGGAUCAGAGCUAAUGUGA